UUUUGUUUUGGUACAGGGAGUUGGAGGAGCAGAGGAAGGCCGACAGAAGAGGUCCUGCUGGUGGAAGACCUGCUCUCUAAAUGGGGAGAGCUAAAUCGGGGAUGGAAGAUGACGAAACGAUAGCUGACGCCCGGGAGAUGCCGAUCUUUAUGAGCAAUUUGGAAGAGGGAAGGGAGAAAUCGUCCCACAACCAUCCAACGGGAACUUCCAUCACAGAAGGUGAAGCUCACCUGCAGUUUGUGGACCUGAACCGACCUGUCAUCCGGUCCAACUCCCGGUUGUCCCUCGAUGGUGUCAUCGGGAGGACGGGGAAGAAAAGUGGCGAGAGAGAGAGGGAUGCAGAGGGCAACAACAACAACAACUGCAACAGCGGAGGAGUCGGAGCAGCCAGGAGGAGAAGGGCGAGCGCCGUGGAGGUUCUGAGAAGGAAUUUCGGAGAUAACAAGUCAUCUUCUCUCUGUUUAAGUACAAAAACUCGGAUGCAGUACGGAGUGGAACAUGGGACAGGCGGAGAAACUAGUAUUAACAUAUCUACGGGAGUACGUAGAGUACAAAGUGGUGAGCGUCAAAAGUCGGAUGUUGAAACGGGGGAACCUGGUGAUAAAAACGAACCACCCUCUAUUGACUUGACUUCAGAUGUUACAGGAGUUAAACUCUUAACUGUUAGUGAUAAACGCCAUCUUAGAGCUGAGGAUGAAAGCAACACGGUGACUGUAGUUGAGUCCUGUAGUGCCAAAGAGCACGUCUAUUGUACGGUUUACUGCAUUGCCAACGAAUCUCAACGGACAGACGCUGAAAUCACGGACCGUCACGAUGACGCUGCUUUAUCAGGGGAGACAGGAACGGAAUUGGAGGCGGUAAAUGUUGGGGGAAUGGGCAUCGAACAGGCGAUGUACACGCUGGAUGACCUGGUGGACCCAUUUGGAGACAUGUCCCACCGCUUGGAGCGGGUGCAGGCCGGUGCUGAGAAUGGGAUGAAGUGUUGUCGGGUGUGCCUGGAGGAGAAAACCAGCGCACCCCUGCCCUGCUGCGGGAAGGCCGUGUGUGACGAGUGUCUGCAGCUCUACGUCAGCUCCCAGGUGAGAGAGGGAAAAGUUCUCAUCAGCUGUCCAAUCACGGAGUGUGCCGGCAGCCUGGAGGAGGGAUUAAUGAUUUCUCACUUGAGCAAUGAAGAGGUGGCAAAGUACCGCUACUUUUUGGAGCUAAGUCAGCUGGACUCAAGCACGAAGCCCUGUCCCCAGUGCAGCCACUUCACCUCCCUGAAGGCGCACAGCACAAACCGCUCAGAGCACAAGUACAAGAUCCAGUGCAGCAGCUGCCAGUUUGUGUGGUGCUUUAAAUGUCAUGCGCCCUGGCAUGAUGGACUCAAGUGUCGCGACUACAGGAAGGGGGACAAGCUGCUGCGAACUUGGGCGAGCGUCAUUGAGCACGGGCAGAGGAAUGCGCAGAAGUGUCCACGUUGCAAGAUCCACAUUCAGCGUACGGAGGGGUGCGAUCACAUGACCUGUGCCCAGUGUAACACCAACUUCUGUUACCGCUGUGGAGAGCGUUACCGCCACCUUAGAUUCUUCGGGGACCACACUUCCAACCUCAGCGUGUUUGGCUGCAAGUAUCGUUACCUCCCUGAUAAGCCACACCUCAGAAGGCUCAUCAGAGGCUCCGUCUGUGCCACCAAAGUGCUGAUAGCUCCGUUGGUCCUCCUGCUGGUGAUAGUGCUCGGAGCUCUCGCUUUGGUGAUAGGUUUGUUUGUUUUCCCCGUCUACUAUGUUUGCAAAAGGAGGAAGAAACAGCAGCUAACCCGGGGCUCCGGACGGUGGAUCUAACUAUCCGUACACCUAGCCCAAUAAAGGUGACACCCAUCUCCUCAGGGACGGACACGCCAGCCUGAGACCCCAGAAAACUCUAAUUGAGGAGACUUUAUAAAAUAAGCAUGGGCUGUUUGAGUGGUACUUUCUGUUAGCAGAGUGAGGCCUUGAUAAUUGCACAUCAACCCAUCUAGUUUAUUUAAAUUCGCAUGGGACUGCUGUCAAAGCACGGAGGCUGGAUAUCAAGAGAAGAGCAACCCAAACCUAUUCGAAAUGUACUUUGAGGUGACGUCUCUCUCUAACACCAUUGCCACACAGUGAAGAAUGAGUUACGGUCAGAUUAUAGCACACUCUCUGAACAUUUCAUCAGAUUAAUUAUUUCUUUUACCUAAAUUUAAUCCGUAAAAGAAGAAAUCUAAAGCAAAAGAUCCAGUUUUGAGAGCAUUUCAGUUGAAGCUAGAUGGUUGAAGGAAGCUUUAGGAGAGUUGGAUGAACAAACUAUCCAUAAACUCUUCAUGGAGAUAAAUGCCAAACUAAUUCUGGGCUUUUAAAAAAAAAAUUGAAUGCUUUUAAGAUAAGAUGUCUCUACCACCCAACUUUGGGUACGAUUUGGUUUCCUGCCUUUCAAAAACAUUAGCCAAAUAUCAUUAGAAGAAAGGUUUUUGUGGUCAAAGAUUGAGCCUUUUGGCCCCAAUAAUAAAAAUUGUCUUUGGAGGAGUAAUUUC